AAUAUAAACUUAGUAAUAGUUCAGUUACGGCGUCAUUUUUAGAUCUAAAAUCUCGAAUCUGAAUUAUAGGGUUUAAGGAUGAACUUGGCCUCCUAAUUCUUCGCCUCUGGUUUUCACCAGCCAGAAGACCAAGCAAGCAAGAAAAUGACGUCGUUUUGCAGGACAGCAUUAAUGGCGGCUUCUAGAUCCCUCUCUUCUCGACCCAAAUCCCUUAAUUUAAGAACCCUAACCCCAAAACCCAUUUCUUCUCCUUUCUCUUCUCCAUCAACAAGAACCCUCCCUUGCGCUUCAAGGAUCGUAUCGGCGUUGGGAGGAGUAGAGUCGAUGAUGCCACUUCAUAGUGCCAUUGCUUCUGCUCGAUUACAAUCAAACAUCGCCGUUGAUUCUUCCUUCUGGAGCUGGCUCUCUCAAGACUUCGCGGUUCCUCGGUGACAAGAGUGAGAGCUUCCGUCAUUCCAAACCGAACUGUCUUGCAGUCAACCAGCAGUUCGUUUUCAUCCCUUUUCUGCAUUUCUCAUCUCUUUGCUGGAAUCAUUUUCUACCUGUGGCAGAAAUUGAGUUUUCUUUUCUUUUCCCCCAAAAACAUUGAGGAGACAUUGUAUAUUGUCACAUUUGACUGUUUGUAUCCGAAUAUGAUGAUUUUAUAUACUUGUGGACAAAAGAUUGAAGUCAAAUGCAAUGCCAUUUACAUUGUGUUUUUGGUGUUGUUUCAAAA